GCACACUGUUGGACUGUGUCACUGUGUGUGGUGCUCAGUCCAUAUCACCACUGCAAGCCCGCAGCCUCUGGUUGUCUCUCUUCCGCUCAGCUUCAUUCAGUCACUAUGGAUCACUUGGCUUGCCCCUGCGUUGCUUUAGCGUCAGCAAGGCAUUUAUUGGCCACUCUGUCUGCUGUCGACGGCUGUCAUCUGCAGUGUCAUUCUCUGUGUGUGGCCCGGAAAUCGAGCGGUAGCCGAACUGUUUGUCCGAACCUGUCGACGACUGUCGUCGACGGCAGCGGUACGCGGCAUAUGAGACAGUCAAAUGCGAUCGGCGGCAGGGGUCUUCCAAUGCCCGUUGCCGGCAAUGGACCACGCGGUCAUAGAGCUAUCGUGGUCUCAGCGAGCGUCGAGACCCCAGGAAUGUCGGGAGCUCAGAGACAUGAUGGGGUCUCCACUCUUCCCACAGCCGAAAGUUCAAACAGGGCCAUGUUAAAGACCGGAGCCGUGGACGGCCUACCGUUCUUGGUCCCGGACAUGGCGAAGAUGUCGUUGGUGUUCGUGGGGGCAGAGGCCGCGCCGUGGUCGAAGGUGGGCGGAUUAGGGGACGUUAUGGGCGCUCUUCCAGCCACGCUGGCUGCCCGUGGACAUCGUGUGAUGACAAUUUCCCCGCGUUACGACCAGUACCAGGAUGCUUGGGACACGGCCGUCACCGCCGAG